UAACAGUAGCAGCAAAACAGCAAGAAAUGGUUGCUCUAUCAUUGCAUGGACAGUAGCAACCACACCAUUGUUAAGAUCACCUCACACAAGCAUACACAAGCAUAAUAUCUGGUCACAAUUAUACAGUUUUACAUAGUCCAACAAUGAAGAGUACACACUUUCACUGUAGCAGAUUACAGCAAUGCAUAAUAGUCACUGUAGCAACAAGAUCAUCAUGGCAACACCAAUAUAGUAAUGGCGAUUUCAGACAAAGUGCUCGUGAUUAAACGCAUCCAGUGAUAAUCUUCCAUGACUGACGGCACCAUCUCCUUCGUGGAGGGUCUGGGCAACAAAGCCAUGGAUUCGAAUGAAAUGCGUCGGAAACAAAAGGGACUUGGUGUUCCCGUAAUCAAAGAACCACUUACCAUGGAAAUCCUUCCAGUCACAGGUAACUCCUUGGCUGCUAUGGAAACUCUUCCACAAAACCCUAAUCUCUCAGAUCCCCAAAAUAAUUUUGGGAUACACAGCCCCAACCACAACCAGUUCAGAGCGACUCGCGUACAAGCAACACAGUUCCAUCCAGUCCCAUUGGACUUGGAAACCCCAAAGUUGAACAGUUCUGGCGGGCUCAACCUAGAAUCCCCUCAACGAGGUACCGUUCCUCCUCCAUCUCCAGCCGAGUUCGGGGAGUUUAGUCCUAAGUCACUCAAAAAUCAGAGUUCAUCUCGAAAAUUACAGCAAGUUUUCGAAGCAGAAUUAGUGAGGGAAGCUGUGGAACGAGCAAUCAAUCUUCUUGACAAUAACCCUGGGUUCAAGCAUCAACACGGGAAGGUUGAUCACUUGACUGCUGAUGUGGUUCAAAUGUUGUCUCACCAUGGUUCAUAGCAGGUUGUUCACUGUAUUGGCAUACUUGAAGGUGGUACCAAGUUACAAAGGAGGGUAAAUUGGCUGCUAAUACUCCUACUU